AUGCCAGCAAAGAAGGUAAGCUCAGCGACAAAGCUGUCUAGCACGGCGACGCAUCCCCCUCGCCGGCGCACCUCAGGACUACUGGGCAGCAGCACAAAUGGCAGUGAACAGGGAGGAAGCGUGGCAUCACUGCCAUCCGCGGCGGCGGGCUUCGCGCAACCUCUGAAGAGAAGCGGCAUCAAAUCGCGUAACUCUAUCAGCUACACCUCCUUCAGUGCGCAGCAAGCGGCCGCGGUGGCCAGCAGCGGCGAUGCCCAUGCACCCCACGUCAACGCCAAAGUACCGGUAGCCACCGCCAAGGCGGCCUCUGGACGACCUCGAGCGGUCGCUGCCAUCCCGGUGAAUCACACAGCGCCACCGCCGCCUGCCGCUUGUGAAUCAGCGCCGUCCCCGCCGUGUCCUGCCGCUGCAGCGGCGGUGCAGAAAGCACCAUCUCUGGGCAGCAGCUCCGCCACAACGAUAGCUGGCGCUGUUCGCCGAGCGCGUUUCGGCAUCCACACCCCGAGUGUCACUGCCCCAUCUGCUACCGUAGGCCCACCCGGGGCCUCACCCGCAGCCCAGAACGGCAGCCCCAAGGCAAAUUUGCCUACCCUUUCGACGGUCCCUCCGUCGCUCCCAACAGCCAAGCGCGCCACUCACCACUCUGACGUCGACACUAAUCGCACUGCUGUGCCACUGGCUUCGGCUGGAUCUUGGGCAGCAAAACCUCAGGCCAGAUGCAGCUUUCCAGCAAGCGGUCCGCGUCGUCUAUCCUCGUCGUCCUUCCACGCUAUCAAGGCCGCGAGCAGCGCACCAGCUGCAGCAGCGACUCCGUCAACGGCGGCCCCUGAGGCCGCUUCAGUCGAGGCUGACCCCAGAGAGGCACCGGCUGCGCGUCAGUGUGCAAGCGCACUCCUGGCCGUCGCCUCGAAGCCGAACGGGCAGUCGAAGAGCGCCGCAGAUCCGUCAACGGACUCCACAGCGGCGCCGGGAACUUCAUCAUCGUCGGUGGCACAGGCAUCCCUCAAGUCAAGAGGUCGGUCCUUGAGUGUUAUGGGCAAGAAGAAAGUGAUGCGUCGUGCAAGUACCGGGACGGCCACGAGUCGGCCACCGAGUGCCGCGACGUCACGGCGGCCCUCUGUCAGCUGCAGCGCAGCGCCUAUGUUGGACGCGGAGAGUGCACCCUCGACGGCGCUGAACACAGCGCGCACGGCCGGGCCGACGGCUGUCAAGACGCCAACGAACGCUGGCAGCGCGGUGUCUGCGGGCACCGCCACCCCCCUCCCCCGUGGUCCUGUCGUCUCGGAGGAGUGGGCACGCAGCAUCAUUAAGCCCGGGGACGAAAAUCUUCUGUACCGAGCAACGGCGGCAGCGACGACAUACUCUGGCUUUGCGCGCACGCCGUCCGGUAUUAGCAUGAGCGGCGACGCGGCAAGCGCGGCUCGGCAAGCGAGCACCGUGCGAAGCUCGAUAAAGGACACGCAGCUGCGUCGUGCCCAGGAGACGGUGCUUCGGCUACGGAACCCCGAGACACCCACGCCGGGGUGGCGCAGCACCAAGGCCGCGUCAGUGGGUGCCGGCAGCGCCGUCUCGGUAGCGUCUGGUGGUUCUGGCUCUCGAUUUGGCUCCACCGUGAAGCGAAGUGGAACUCGCCUUCAGCGCUGCCGGCAGGAGAAUGAGGUCCGGCAAAGGUCGCUCAUGGAGACAAUGGCGAUGCCAGCAGGCGAGAACGGGGGAAACGUGGAUGGCGGACGAGCGUCGAACCCCGGUACCGCGGCCGGCUCCGCCUCCCCGACGCCGUCGCGCAUUUCAGAGGCUUCCACCAACACAAUGAUGAGGGGCGGUGGUCGCCUCAGCGGCGGUAGUGCACGCCCCCUGCUCGAGCAGCUGCCUGGCGGCGCGUCCGUGGCGUCGGACAUCAUGGAUCAGCGGCGCUCGCCGUCUCUGAAGCUUUUUGCGAAGCCGUCGCCGCGGACGUUCUCAACGCCGAGCCCUCGCGGCAGCACCGGAGCGCCGGGGAUGAAAACCACGUUCGGCGUCAGCAACAGGCCAUACUACGCGGGCAACGAGGAACUCACGAGGCUGACGUGGGUGCGCGAAGAGAUGCUGCGCGCCCUGAUGCAGUCUGCCGCACCGCCGGCGGCGUCCGCGGUGACGGAAGAGAACAACGCCGCUGCUGUCGUCACCUCGAUGCCGAGCCCGAAAGAUGGAAGCGACACAAAUGCUCUGGAAGCCUCAGCGUCGUCGGUGCUGACAAUGCACUUCGAUCCGCAGGUAGGCGAGACGGUUCCGGUGUCGCCGCCGUUCUCAUCUGCAGGAAAGCGACCGCGACAGCGUGUGUACAGCAUCGACGUACACGGCGGCACGAGCAGCGACGAGUCCGCGCCGCCUAAGCAGUCGACGGCGGCAGACGUAACGCAGCCACGUAGGCAGUCGGCUGGCAGCGGCACCACUCCCCUUCACGCCUCUUCUAUUCGCCAGAAGCCUGGCAACUCUGCCUUCGUUUCUCGUCCAGCACCACCGGGCUCCCCCGUGCGAGUGGGCGCCACUCCGGGCCCCACCUCGGCCCGCCCCACCUUGGACUCUAGUGCAUUCGCGUCUGGCGCUCCGCCCGCUGCCCCAACAGCUGCUGCUCGCCAGCAGCGGCGUACAGCCGUGACGGUGGCGAUGUGUAGCCUUCAAUCCCCCAACACAAUCGCCGAGCGAGUACGGCUGGAGCUCGUGCGGCAAGAGCAGCAACAGCCUGCCGCGGUUCGUAACGGGCAGAUGCAAGCGGCAGCACCUUCAUCGGCUCCCGCAGCGAAUCAGCGUCCCACAGCCACUCCCAUCGACGCAGCCACGCGGCUCCUCCUCCUUGACCCGCUCUUCCCUCUCAUUAGCGAGGAGAACUAUCAGCGGCUCGUGCUGCGAAACGACGAGUACACAACUCGCAAGGCUCUGCUGACCCACAUAGGCGCGGCACCGCCGCCGUCGUCCUCGGCGUCGCGCCCCUACGAGUCACCGCCCCCAGUGCCGCCUCUCCACGUGGACAAGAAGCCGCACAGAUCAGGGGCUGAGGUGCCGCCUGCAGCGCGAGCCUUGGAGAUGGAUCUGGCAGAGGCCGACGAAGCGGCGCCCUCGCGGUCGCUGACGGCGGCGGCGCUAACGUCCACUCCAGCUGCUGCAGCAGCGGCGCCUCCAUCCCCUUCCGCGUCCCCUCCCAACGCUGCAGGCAUCGGCAGCACCCCGCCUCGUCGACCAUCCGUGCAGUACGGCGGUCCUGCCUUGUAUGCGACCUUUUCGCCUUCCCGCGCUCCUUCGCCGUCCCCCGCGGCUUCAGGUCUCACUUCGCCCACCGCCAGUCCCGGGGUGGGACUCGGCGGCGCCACGUCCUCUGCACGGGACGGCAAGCUGCUCGUGAAUGCCGUGAUGCCGACUGAGAAGUCGGGAACCAUUAAGUCACUGGCGGCAGGCGGCGUGUGGUACGCGGCUAGCCCGAUGUCGGAGUUCACGGGGCAGAGCACCGCCCUACCCUCCCUCAACGCGAGUCUUCUAGUGAGCGUCGGCGGUAGUGGUGCGCUAGGUGGGACCGGCAACUCUCCGAUUCGCAUGCGCUCCACCAGCCCCACGGCAAGCUGCUCAUCUUCGAGAAACGUCACCCGCCGCGGCUCGCUGCUUCGAAGCCUACAGCAGCACCUCCAGCCCCAGGCAACAACGGCAGCCACCCCCAGCCGCAGCGACAGCACCGGCGACGAAGUCAGCACCGCUUCCGACGAGGCGGUUGACCUGGCUGAAGUCGAGCUUUGCAAGGCGCUGCCGCUCUGGGGCCCGUUCCGCACCUCUCACGCCGCGGCGCCGUCCGAUCCCAAUGCUGUCGAGCAGGAGUGCGUCACCAAGCCAGGCACCAUCGUAGGAGACACCACCACCGGCGAAGCCACGGUCACUGCACCUCGCACGACGAAGACGUCCGCGCACGGAGAAGCAUCUCCACUGGUAUCGCCGACAGGGUCGACACCGAGUCCGCUCUCCAUGGCGCCGGCCCUCUCGCUGGCCAUGGCGGAGGAGCUGCAGGCCUACGUGCACGUCUUCCUCAAGCGCUACCGCAACGUUGACGCGGUAACGGCGGAGGAGAUGGGGCCUGUCCCGGAGACGCCGCUGGCGUUGCAGCGCGCGGUUCGCCGCAGCCUCCGCUUGUCGACCGGGGAUAGCGCGAACGCGGCAGACGGCACAGACGCAGUGGAGCUGGAGGAUUCCCUGGACGACGGCAGCUACCACAUUCAAAACGUGCAGUACGUGCUGGAUCUUUUGGGAUCGCUGCUGCAGACGGAAGCCUCCUUUUGCGAGGACGACGCGGCACGAGCGGCAAGUGGUGCGCAUCCGCUUACUGCUGCAGCGCAGCGACGCACAAAAAAGCGAGUCACGGGCGCCCAGCUUAUCGCGGCGGUGAUGGGACGGCCCGCCUCGUCGUCCGCUGAGGACACGGCAGACGGUGCUGUGCCGAAGCACACCAGAAGUGCCACCGCUCGAUCCGCUGCGGUGCGGCCAGCGUUGAAGCUACAUGACCCUGAGCUGCGCGCCGUAGAACUCAUGUUCGUCAACGACGCACCGUAG